AGCAAGACUCUCCUGACGCUCUGGACUUCAAGGAUGUCCUUAUGUUGUAUUGGAUGAGUUUGAACUAAAUAAGACUUCUUUCUAAAACACUUCAAGAAAGUGAGCGUGCCUGAGGGGAGAGGAACACAAGAGAGGAGAGACAAUUGAGCAUCACCAUUGGCCGAGACCUGAAAAAAAUGGUGCUGGAUGAACACAGGAUUAGAACUUAAUUGUAAAAGGGAAGGGAAGUCUGGACAGGUGAUUUGCUUCAUUUUCACAUUCAUCAUGGCACAAAUCCUCUGGCUGGCUGGUUGAUGGGACUGUCCAACACUUCUGCUUAGGUUCAGUGCAAAUCGCUUCUGCUUACACAUCGAAAGACUUGGGAACAGGUGGGAACUGGAUGGUGCCAAAUACAGGAAUGGAAAGAGAAAUGGACUCUGAUGAGCUAAGAUGGAAGUGACUUGACAGCAGCAAGCUCAGCAGUUGUCUCCAGUAAGGACAGGUUGAGACGGGAAUCUCAAGCUUCUCUGGAAGAGCAGUAUGCAGGAAGCUGGUUUUCAGGCCACAAAUGCUUUCACAGAGUGCAAAUUCACCUGCGCCAGUGGUAAAUGCUUGUAUCUUGGUUCACUGAUUUGUAACCAACAGAAUGACUGUGGAGAUAACAGUGAUGAAGAGAACUGCCUGCUUGUAACAGAGCAUCCACCUCCAGGCAUCUUCAGCUCUGAACUGGAGUUCGUUCAAAUCAUCAUUAUAAUCGUGGUUAUAACUGUUAUGGUGGUAGUGAUCAUCUGCUUAUUGAACCAUUACAAACUCUCCACACGCUCCUUUAUCAACCGACAGAGCCAAAGCAGAAGACAGGAGGAAACUCUGCAGACGGAGGGGUGCUUGUGGCCUUCAGAAAGCUCGGUUUCGCGCCAGGGUGCUUCAGAGAUCAUGUACGCCCCAAGGUCCAGGGACAGGUUUACCACCCCAUCUUUUAUGCAGCGGGACCGUUUCAGUCGCUUCCAGCCCACUUACCCUUACAUGCAGCAUGAGAUUGACCUUCCUCCGACCAUCUCCCUCUCCGACGGCGAGGAGCCACCGCCGUACCAGGGCCCGUGCACCCUGCAGCUCCGGGACCCCGAGCAGCAGAUGGAGCUCAACCGGGAAUCCGUCAGGGCGCCGCCCAACCGAACCAUUUUUGAUAGCGACUUGAUAGACAUCUCGAUGUACAAUGGGGGCCCCUGCCCACCCAGCAGCAAUUCGGGCAUAAGUGCAACCAACUAUAGCAGUAAUGGAAGGAUGGAAGGACCGCCCCCGACGUACAGCGAGGUCAUGGGGCACUACCCAGGCUCCUCUUUUUUCCACCACCAGCACAGCAACAUGCCUCCUUCCUCGCAGAGGGGGAGCAGACUUCACUUUCAGCAGAACAAUUCGGAGAGCACAAUAGUUCCCAGCAAAGGCCAGGACCGCAAACCAGGAAACCUGGUCUAAGUUACCCGCCCAGGUGCGUUUGGACUGAAGACGGGAGAUGCAAGCAGGGCGCUGGAGGAAGACCCCCGUGCUCCGGUGCACAGUGUUGUUACGUUUAACGUGGUACAACUGAGUAAAACCAAACGUGCAAACCA